UUGUCUGCGGGAUCUGACUCCGAUACGAUUCCUUUUGGAAGCUUUCAAGAACAUCUGCAAGAUUUAUUGAUUUUCAAAUCGCUUUGAGUCGGUGGAAAUAUGAAUUCACAAUCGGCAGUGCGUCGCUACCCACACAGUUUUUCAAUAGAGCAAAUUCUGGCCAAGCCGGAAAUCAGUUCCUCCAACACCUUCCAAGAAUCCGCGCAGGAUGACAGUGGGCACGGUUGCAUAAGUGGUGUUUCACGUGUUUCUAGUCCAGCGACAUCGAGUUGUUUGGAGGAUAAUUUAGACGACGGCAAAAGUGAUGUUGAUUUGGGCUCAGAUGAUGGAAACGCCCUUGGCGAUGACCGCAAAAAGCGACCGAGAACCGCCUUUUCGGCAGCCCAAAUCAAAGCCCUGGAAACCGAGUUCGAGAGGGGGAAGUACCUAUCGGUGGCCAAAAGAACGGCGCUGGCCAAGCAACUUCAGCUCACAGAAACGCAGAUCAAGAUCUGGUUCCAGAACCGUCGCACCAAGUGGAAGCGCAAGUACACCUCGGACGUGGAGACGCUGGCCUCGCACUAUUACGCUCAGCUGGGAAUUGGGGGAUUGGCCAGACCUAUGGUGGUUGGAGAUCGGCUGUGGCUCUUCAGCCAGACUCCAACGGGUCCCACACCCAUUCAAUCCAUCAUGCUAAAUGGCAGUGGAUCUGCUGCACCCAUGGCAACGGCAGCGGCGAAUGGUUCCCCAAUGCGUCCGUAUCCCACCAGUGGGGGAAUGCCACCUUUGCCGGGACCCAGUGUGAUGGAAAGUGCUCGCAAUGCCAUCCUGGCACGGGGUCAACCCUUGAACUUUGCUCUCCCCUUUGGAGUGGCCAAGCCACCGACGGGAGGUGUGCCAUCCGCCAGCUACAUGCCACGUUGCAAGUCGUACGGGGGAAGCUAUGUGGAUUAUGCGGCGUCACUUCCACCAAACGAGGCCUAUCUGCAGAUGAAGUACGCGACCCUGCCGCCGGAAACGGAAGCGGGCUCUUCCAAUGGGCUGGCCGAGCUGGAACGAGUAUUCGGGGAUGCCAAUGCCAACUUCCUGCAGCAACGGGGCACUCCCGCCGCUGGAGCAGCAGCAUCCUACGGCCACGAAGGAUUAAAUCAGGCACAAAGGAGCCGGAGACCCACGCAAUCAGAGUCCGAGUGCAGCGACAUUGACUGCGAGCAGCUGGACGAGGAUGAAGAGCCACCUGCUACGGAGUGAAACUACUA